CAUACAAUCUCAGCAGUUACACAAACCAAAACCGCGCGGUGAGUGUGUAUUAGAAGAACGUUUGGCGGCGUAGUAAACUGAAAAAGCAAAUAAAAUGACUCACUCCGUCAGUCCUAUAAACGGAGUUGAUUGAACCAGACGGGCGUUGGCGGUUCGUCAGCUGAGUGAAAUAUUGGAGAGUAUUUGAAAAAUUAAUACAAAUCGAUAGUAUCAAGUGCAUCCGUCAUUCCAGUUUUCGCGGCCUACUGCGUACCCGUGUAACCCGAAGAAUAUGGUCGAAGUAAACUUGUUCGGUGCCAUAGCUGUGGGCGCCGUUGUUCUACUACUGUAUCGGUACAUCGCACAAAAGUAUCACUACUUUUUGACAAAACCGAUUCCUUGUAUCAAACCGACUUUUCUAAUGGGUAUCUUCGACAUGGUGGUGUUCAAACGGGUUGAGCUGGUGUUCGGAUCAAAACUACUGUACAACUCCUAUCCGGAUGCGAAAAUAAUCGGCUACUACGAGAUGACGAAGCCCACGUACAUGGUUCGUGACCCGAAGAUGAUCAAAAAGAUCGCCAUCAAGGACUUUGACAGCUUCACCGAUCGGACACCAAUGUUUGGCGAAACAGUGCCCGCCGAUAGUCUGUUCUUCAACUCGGUGUUCUCGCUCCGUGGACAAAAGUGGCGAGACAUGCGAUCAACGCUGAGCCCUGCGUUCACCGGAAGCCGCGUACGUCACAUGUUCGAACUGGUGACCAAAUGUGCCACUAAUAUGACGGAUUUCUUCCAUUCGGAGGUUAGCUCUGGGGACAAACUGGAACUAGAAAUGAAGGAUACCUUUUCGCGAUUCGUGUGCGACGCGAUCGCCACAGUGGCAUUCGGAAUUGAUGUAAACUCAUUCCGUGAUCCGGAUAACGAAUUCUUCACGAAAGGCAAAGAGACACAGAAGGUGCACACUUUCAAGGCGUUGACGACUUUCAUAACGCUGCGAUUCGUUCCCUUUCUACAAAGAUUGCUGAGCUUCGAUAUCGUAGAUGCGAAGGUUGCGGGUUACUUCAGAAAGUUGAUCGUGGACAACAUGGCACAGCGUACAAUUCGUGGGAUCGUUCGAAACGAUUUAGUCAAUAUGUUGAUGGAAGCUCAGCAGGGUGCCUUGAAGCACGAAGAGCUGGAAACCCACGAUGCCGAGGGUUACGCAACGGUUGAAGAAUCGCACGUGGGCAAAUCUACGCAUUCUAGGGUUUGGACGGAGAACGAAUUGAUCGCGCAAUGUUUCUUCUUUUUCUUCGCGGCAUUCGAUAACGUUUCGAGUAUCUUGUCUUUCCUGUCCUAUGAACUCACCAUAAACCAGGACAUUCAAAGACGGCUUUACGAAGAAAUCGUUGAAACCGAACGAUCCUUCAACGGCCAACCACUAACGUACGAUACUCUCCAAAAAAUGACCUACUUGGAUAUGGUGGUAUCGGAGUCACUCCGCAAGUAUCCAACGGCUACCCUGACGGAUCGCUACACCAACAAGGACUACAUCUUCGACGACGAAGAAGGACUUCGGUUCACUAUUGAAAAGGGCCGAACCGUUUGGAUUCCGAUGCUGGCACUCCAUCACGAUCCGAAAUACUUCCCGGAACCGGACCGUUUCGAUCCGGAGCGCUUCAGCGAAGCCAACCGAGCGAAGAUCAUUCCGGGAACGUAUCUUCCGUUCGGGGCCGGACCGAGAAGCUGUAUUGGACCGAGGUUGGCCCUGCUGGAGAUCAAGAUGGCUAUGUACCAUUUGUUGAAGGAGUUCAGCUUGCACGCGUCGGAGAGAACGCAGAUUCCGCUGCGUUUGUCCAAGAGUGCGUUCACCCUGAAUGCCGAGAAGGGCGUUUGGGUGGAGCUGAAAGCUAGAGAAAAUGCAAAAAAUUUGUACUAGUGCACUAGUACUUGGAAAGGAUUGGAUUAUCGGCACUGGCUCAACGACUGUUAUCUGGAAAGUUAUCUUAUCAAACGCAUAUUUUCUUGGUGGUAAACAACAUUAUCAAUGAUAAGUAAGUCACAUUGACUACACUG